AUGGACGACGCGCUGAACGGCGGUGCGUUCAAGCACUACAACACCGAGGCUCCGACAGCGAAACUGGUGCUGCCGCUGUUCUCGCUGAAAGGCAAGACGGCCAUCGUCACCGGCGCAGGGGCCGGCAUAGGUCUGGCCGUGGCGCGCGGAUAUGCCGAGGCCGGAGCCAACGUGGCCAUCUGGUAUCACAGCAACAAGAAAGCGCACCAGCGGGCCGAAGAGAUCGAAAAGGAAUUCGGGGUGAAAUGUCGGGCGUAUGAAGUCGAUGUGAGAGAUGUCAAGGCCGUAGAUGAGGCCAUCGUGUCUCAAGUCAAGGAAUUCAACAACCGCCUGGACAUCUUUGUGGCCAAUGCUGGAAUUCCGUGGACUCAAGGCCCCGCCACUACGGGCUCGCUCGAACAUUAUCACAACGUCGUCAAAAUCGAUAUCGACGGCGUCUUCUACUGUGCCAGGACCGUAGGGAGGAUCUGGCGAGAGCAGAAGAAGAAUAAGCUGGAAGGUUUCAACUACGGCAAGUUCAUUGCCACGGCCAGUAUGAGCGGCCACAUCGCCAACUUCCCUCAAUUGCAAACUGCAUACAAUGCCGCCAAAGCUGCGGUCAAGCACAUGUGCCAGAGCUUAGCUAUCGAAUGGGUGCAAUUUGCCCGGGCAAACAGCAUCAGUCCCGGCUACAUAGCAACCGAGAUCAGCAACUUUGUCCCUCCAGAGACCAAGGAUAUUUGGCGAGACAAGAUCCCAAUGGGCCGAGAAGGCGCGCCCAUCGAGUUGGUUGGCGCCUAUCUGUACCUUGCUAGUGAUGCAAGCUCAUACACCACCGGAACCGACAUCAUCGUCGAUGGGGGAUAUUGUGCUCCUUGA